CUGGACCCAGACCGAGACCCAAAGCCAAACACAAACAGGAAAGAAAACUUGCUAAAACACGCUAAAAAAAACACUGUAAAACGAGGCCAAGUGGCGAAAAACACAGAAAAACAAGUAAAACACACGAGGAGCAUGUGACCUUGAAGAAAGCCCUCGGAAACAGUGAGAAAUAAGCAAAAUGGAGAGAUUUGAAGGGCAAGGGUGCACGCUGAUGGAGUUGGGGUGGAUAAUACGAGACGCUGGGGCAUUCUGUAAGGUUGCCGACUUACACAACGCGCAGAGGCUGAGGCAGGCGGUGGAGGAGGAGGUGAAGCUAAGUGGACGAAGGAGAGAUGGAAGAAUAAAUAAGGUCAAAGAUAUUAUGUUCCCUACGCUUCUCAAAACACCUUUACGAUAUUUGUCAGCAGAGGUGGUGGAGGAGGUGGUGUGGUGUGUGGCGGUGGUGGUGGAGAACUGUGUGGUGGAAAAUGUGGACACUUUCACCAAGAUUUUCACCACAGUCACCACAGCGCUGGCCCCGGACCCCUCCCUGCCACAGCCACAGCCACAGCCACAGAGUCAGGUGACACCAGGGAAGGAGGAAUUAAAAGCUCACAUAUGCCGCUGCCUGACCGCCCUCACUUCUGCCGCUAGCCCCAGAGUAAGGCAGGUGGUCUGGGGGUACGCCUAUCGCGGCUGUCUGGGUCAUGCGGUGUUUGUCUGUCUGUCCAUCGCCAAAAACGAGACUAAUCGAUCUCUGAGGGUGUCCGCGCUGGAGGCUGUGCAAGACCUAGGGUGGAAGAAAACGUACAAUUCGCUGAGUGACGUUGAUAAAAACACACUCUCCGCCACAUUUGUCAAUUUUCUUCCUGGUGUGGUGCAGUGUGUGGUGAAAGUUGCAACUGGUGGUGACUCGCAGGGCAGCAGAGUGGUGGCGGCAGCCAUCGACACCUGGGCAUAUUUCGUGUCCCUGGUCAUGCGAGACACGUUCAUAGAAACGCACCUCCCUCACCUGGGCCAGAGCAGUACCCUCGUUAGCCUCAGAGCGCACCUGGACCGUGGAGGAGGGCUGUAUCAAGGGAAGGAGGAGGAGGAGGAGGAGGAGGAGGAGGUGGAGGUGGAGGAGAGCCCCCUCCCCAACACACGAGUGACGGGGGACUGGGUGAAGGAGACAGGGGGGCGGCUGGCACUCCUGGGGGGACAGCUGGCACCCCUCGCCACUCACACACACUGGAGAGUUCGUCUGGCCAUGGCACGCUGGGCUGUGGCUCUUGUCGACAACUGUGGCAGGUCCCUGCCAGAGUGUGUGUCAUCCGCCAUUGAUGUUUUGCUGACCCUACGACGAGACAAGAUGGAGGAGGUGGUGGUGGUGGUGGAGGCGGGCCUGGGGAGGGCUCUGGGGAGGAGACGACACUCAAACACUAGCAAGUCUCACACAACUGGAGGGAUGUUUGGAGGUACUCAGAGAGGAGGAGGAGGAGGAGGAGGAGGAGGAGGAGGAGGAGUGAAGGGCCUGCUCUCCUCCGCUCACUCCUCCCGCCUCCUCCACUCUCUCGCUCUCUCUCUCUCUCAAGAUUCCUCGGACAAGAGAAUUUUGCAGCAGAGACAGAUCGCCUUAGACCCCUAUGCAUCCGAGGGACCCUGGCGGACCUUGGCGACCCCCUACCGACACCACUGGGACCAUAGAAUACCCACAAUCCUCUGGGCCGUCUGUGGAACGCUGGGUUGUGACGGAGACUUCACUAAACUUGCUCAUAUGUUGUUUGAGCUGUUUGACCUUCACAGCGGUAGUCUUGGUGUUGCUGUGUUGGUGUUGCUGCGUUUGGUGGUGGCAGGGGUGCGGCAGAGACCAGCAACACAAAGAGACAGUGAGGAAGAGGAACAUGUUACAAAAUAUAUCCUUGAAGAACUCCUAGGCCCUGACCUUCUCGGCAGCCCCCUCCCCCCCACAGCCGAGGAGGGGGAAGCAGGCACCCCCACCCCCCUCCUGGCACUCCCCCAAGACCCCCAUGGCACUGUGGAGGCUGCGAGAGAGAAAGUUUUGAGAGUAACUGAGGCGCUGAAUUUAAUCGGAGAAUGUGCCGCGUUAAUGUCAUCAAGUUUUAAACAGUUUUUCCCGGCGAUUCUGUGCCCGGUGAUGGAAUUUGGGGGUGUGGGUAACGAGAGGGUUUCCUUGGCUGCCCUGGGGUGCCUCAAGCGGAUAGCCAUGGCCAGCGGAUGUGCGGAUAUCGGCGGAUUAAUACAAGAGUGUGUGCCUCUGUUCUGGUAUCCUAUGUCGAUGAGGCUGAAGAAAAUUGAGACUUUUCCACUGUCGCCUCUGGUUUUACAGGUCGCCCUUCGCCACGCCGGCACCCAAGUGGCACCCUACACUGAGGAACUACUCGAGGAGGCCAUAGGGGCACUGGAUCUCCACCAUGUAGGCUCAAGUAGACCUAUUUUAAGGAUUUUUUGGCCUAUGUGUCAGCUGUCCUUCUACACGAGAGAGAGAAUUGUGGUGAAGCUGCUACUACUACUACUACUACUACUACUACUACUGCUACUGCUACUGGUGAUGGUGGUGGUGGAGGUGGAAAAGGAGAAGGAAGAACAAGAAGAGAAAUGGAAGAAGGAAGAGGAGGAGGAAGAAGAGAAACAGAAGAAGGAAGAGGAGGAAGACAAGGAAGAAGAGGAGGAGAAGGAGGAGGAGGAGGAGGAGAAAUAUGGAGAAAUAGCCAAGUUUUUAAUAAAUUACCACAAACAAAAACAAAUAGUGGAAGAAGAAAUAGAAAAACAAGAAGAAGAAGAAGAAGAAGAGAGAAGAAGAAAUAAGCGAACACCACCACAACACCACCGAGCCACCACCACCACCACCACCACCACAAAACAUGGAAACGAUAUCAAAAAUAUUAACUCGGAUCUCGUUUUUGGAAUGUUCGAGUAGGGAGUGCCACAUUUUGAGCCUGGAGGUGGCCCUGAGAGGCAUAGAGGCCCUGAAAGGCUACCCUGACCUUCUCUUACCUUGCCUCCACUCCCUCUGGCAACCAAUGAUGCUUAAACUAAAAAAUCCUGAUCUUGUCGUCGCCGCAAGAUCGUUUAAUUUAAUUUCCGCGGCCGUUCGGGUAAGUGAUGGGUUUUUAACGAAGCGUGUCGUAUCUGAAGCCCUCCCCGAAGCCCUAAGGUUCCUGGAAAUGCACGUCAACACCUCCAAACACCCACAAUGCAUCACACAGCUCGCCAAAACACAGAGGGACUUUUUAGUGAAUCUGCAAAUUUUAGUAUCGAAACUUAACCUCAAUUCUUUGCAGUUAGGAAGGGUUCUGGAGUCUGUCUGUCCGUAUGUUGAUAGUUCGCAGCCCCCGGAGGUGUGUGGGGUGGCGGUGGGGGUGGUGGAGGUGGUGGCGGGGGUGUGCAAGGAGCUGGUUUGGCUGUGGGGGAUGACACGAAGACCUCCUGGCUGGCUGUCUCAUCCGAGCCCUUUACUGGAGGCUGUCAAGAUUGGCAGUUCAAAUCAGCAGAAAAUUUUGCCAAAGGAAAUUGAAAAAAUACUUGAUAAUUUGUGGUGAAGAA